CAUGAGUAAACCAUGAUUGAAAGAGGACGAAAGAAGAUCUGGACACGGCCAUGGUCAAGAUGCCGCUGCGAUACUCCAACAAAAAUAAAUAGUAGAGACAUCAUAGACAUCAUAUAUUCACCAUGGCAGAAUCAGCAUCAGCAGCAGAGUCUACAACGCCUCCUACCGACGGCUACAUCAAGACGACAACACACAAUUUUAUUUCGCGUCAAGCCAAACUGGAGAAUGUGAAACAAGUGGCUGUCCAAGGUCGUUCGAUCAUCCACGGCGGCGUCACGUUGCGUGGAGAUGUGGGCAUUGUGCGCUUGGGACGCUACGUGUGGAUGGAACCCAAUACCGAACUGGAACCGGCGGCCAUGUCGUUGGGUGGUGGUCGAGUCGCCAUGGCCGUUGGCAAUCAUACCCGCAUUGGACCCAAUUGCCGGAUUCAAGCCGCACAAAUUGGGAGCAUGGUCCAUAUUGGAGAAAAUGUCAAGAUUGGAAAACGAUGCAUGAUCAAGGAUUGUUGUAUCAUUGAUUCCAACGUCAUUCUGGGAGACGAUACCGUUGUGCCGCCCUUUACACGAAUAUCCUACGAUGGAGAGGAUGCGUUUACGUUGAAAUUGACAGAAUUGCCGCCCUCUAUGACGGUCGAUAUGCAAGAACAAGCCAUGGAUAACUACGACACGUUUGCCAGUAAACAGAGAGCCAGGUAGAGUUGAAAUAAUAUCCAAUCCACUUUUUAUGUAGCAAUUUUCCAUAGUAGAGCUAUUUAUUGCUUCUCCUGUGGAAGAUCAAAGUGCAACUAGCU